AUGGCAUCGUAUCCCGAGCCCUCUGCAGGCCCCGAGCCACUCCCGGCUUCGCAACUCCCGGCCUCGCAACCCACGCCUCCGCCCCAGGACGAAUACCACAGCCUCUCCUCGCCGGCGGCUGCCACCACCGUCGCCCAUCAUGGCCUUCGGGUUCUACAAGCUGCAUCCGCAACUCCCCCCACCCCGGAUCCCGGCGACCUAGCUCAGCAGUAUGCCCGGUCUGCUGCCAUGCAGAUGGACGAUGCUCAAUUCGCCUCCGCCGUCGGCACCGAGCCAGCCAUGGCCUUGGGUUCCGCAUCCCAUAAGGUGACGCGCCUCCGACGGGCUUGCGACAUGUGUAGCCAGCGCAAGGUCAAGUGCGACGAAAGCGGCCCCCCGUGCAAGCCCUGCUCCGAUCUGCAGGUCGAGUGUACCUUCAACCGAGAGAUGAAGCGACGCGGACCACCUAACAAGCAUGCCGAAGCUGCGAGGGCCCUGAAGCGCUCUCGCAUAAACGACCUGUCGGCCGCUCCCCACCAUGCAGCCGAGACCUUGGUGUCUAUCGCUGCUCGCCGCGGUUCGGGUGCUAUCGAUGCUGAAACCAUCGCACCGUGGCCUCUCCUGCGGCUGCUCGUCGACGACUUCUUCACCUAUAUCCAUCCUCUCAUACCUUUUCCGCACGAGCCAUCCUUCCGCGCGGCCCUCGACAGCCGAAUGGAUAGGUCGAGUAGCGAAUUCCUGGCGUUGUUAGCCAGCAUGAUUGGCGCCCUUGUCGCAUCGUUUCCUCGCAGCGCCCGAUCCCACCUCAAGGCCCAGCACAGCACCGGCCUGUUCCCCUCGGCGGUGUCGAUGAUAGAGCAUUGCCGGCACAUCGCGCUCGAGGCCCGAGGCUCACGGUUCGCGUUGAAGGAGGAGAUCAAUGUCGACGAUGCUGCCACUAGCUAUUUCCUAGGCAUCGCUGCUGCCUACACGCUACAGUGGAGGUCCUGCAGGCGCUUCCUAGCCGAGACCAUGACAUUCUGUCGAGAGCUCGGCACCCACCGUCAGAGAAACCUCUCCGCCCUGCACGCACACGUACCCGGCCUCAUGCAGAAUUUUACCACCGCGCCCAGCACGCCGAUCAACCACAUCAGAGACCAGAUCGGUAAGCGUAUCUUCUGGGUCAUGGUUGCGGGAAUCAGGUCGAUGACACAAUUAGGCGUAUCUAUCAAUGAGAUCCCAUUGCCCCCACCCACAUCCCAGGAGCCGUACCCCGAGCAGCCGGUGGAGGUUGAUGACGAGUUUAUCUUCGAGGGCCACAUCCUCCCGCAGCCGCAGGGCACUCUCUCCUUGAUCACGGGGUUCAACAGGAAUAUCCGAAUAUACAUGACGAUGAAUGAACUAGUUGGCGUCGACAUGUGUUACGGAAUCAACUUCUUCGACUGGACUGCGCAGAAGAACAUACUCAGCAACGGGCUUGCUGGCGCCAAACAAGCUGCCGAAGAUUUGCCUCUGGAGUUGCAGGUGAAGGCGGACUCGACCCCAGACAAGAAUCCGGGUCUCGACGAUGCGGGUCUAGAGUACUGUCCACCGGCCUUCCCGGCCGCUCAGCCCGCCAACGACGUGCGCCGAGUGUUCGCGGAACAGCCGACGCGCCGUCGCCACCUUCAGUUCGAGAUCCAGAAGGCCAACAUCCAGGCGUCACAGCUCGCCACGCGCUCUUACUUCGUCGAGCGAUAUCUCAACCUUCGCGACGCACAUCGCUCCGACCCGGCGUUCAAGGAGCGGGCCGCGUCGGACGACAAGGACGACCGAGACGCGAUGAUGGCAAGCGAGCGAGAACUCAUCGUGCAGCACCUCGUGGGCGUGCUGGCAUCGAUCAGUCAACACAAUAUGGAACCCAACGGCUGUUCGCUCAUCAACAAGAUUCGACAGAUCGCUAGCACUCUGGUGGGUAACGACGCGGAUCGCAAGGGUCUCGCGGCAGCCAAGGCGGCUGAAUACCUAAGCGGCUUUCUUGACAUACUUAUGAAGUUGGAGAAAACGGGAACGGCGCCUCGAGCAGACACGAUAACGCCGGAAGACGAGGAAGAGGAGCUGAAGAACUGGGCGAACCUCAGGGAGUACCAGCUUCAGUUCAUGUCGAACGGCGGGUUUCUCGCCGAGGGCUACUGA